AUGUUCGGUGCUUCUGUGGUGCCUCGUUUUCUCUCAAUCGCGCUUACUGUUGGUCUCAUCGGAGCUGUGAUUGUUGCUGUUGCAAUUGUCGGGAGGGAAACACCAGCUGUGAAACCAGUUUUCGGGUCUGAUAUGCAUGUUAUUCUCGAUCUUCCUAUUGCUGCCUAUGAAUUGGACUUAUUCUUCGAUCCCCGAGCAACAUUAGCAGAUUUCAUUGAGAGUUUAAACACUGUAUUUAUGUCAGCUUUUCCAGACUCAUGUUUGAAAGUUGUUAUUACUGGUUUCUCGAUAAAACCAAUUAUAGUCAUUGACACUUCAAAUAAUAUGGACCAAACAAAAAGAGACACGCCAUCAAUUGUAGUAUUGCAUGGAUCUGUGUAUUUUACUGAAGCCAAAACCGCUGAACAAAUUCGCAUGACUCUUACAGAUUAUACACGUCUGAUUAUUCUCAUUAAUAAAUAUACUGGCAAACCGAGUGAAAGAUUAAGCACUAUAAAUAUGCAAAGAUCAACUUUUACAGAUGCUAUUCUCAUAGAAAUCACAGUAUACAGAGCAAGACAGCUCAGAGAUAUUACAAUUGACAUCAUACAACCAGUUCCUGACCUUGUACCAGAACCGGUAUCUAGUGGUACCUCAACAAUUCUGCCAUCCUCAUUAGCCAGAGCUUGCAAUCACUUUGUGCCAGCAUAUAUGAGUGUAACAUUUGAGCGUCUACUUACUGCCAUGGAACAGCAUUCAUUUGCUGAUCCCGUCUCAGUUCUUCAUGAUCUUGCAAUCACUGUUCAAAACAAAAUUUUCUCAACUUUCAGUAUAUCUUUCGUUAAGUUAGAAAUAUUACUAUUUUCCGACAACCCAAUUUACAUUUCCCAAACCAAUACGGUACUCACUACUGUCAUUUGUCGAAUCUAUUUGACAAGCGAACAACAUAGCUCCCUGAUUGCAAGUAGUUUCGGGGGUUCGACACAAACGAUCACAUUAUUAGAUAUUUCCCACAAUCCCAGUUCCGCUCUCGCAUCAUAUUCCGCCAAAUAUUCAAUUUUCACCAACUCCUAUGCUCAAGCACUCACUAACAAAGAAAUGAAUGAACUCACUAGUCUUUGCCAGAAAAACCAAUACACCGUAACAAUGUCCACUCCAACAGCGACAAAAAGAAAACUAAUAGCGCCGUACACGACACAGCCUACAGCACCGGCUACAGUUUCCACACUGUCGACAACCAAUUAUCAUCCAUCAACAACUACUAUAUCCACCAGCAACCACUACAUCCUCCAACGAUCACUAAGUUUACUAACAACUGCUAUAUCCACCGCCACUUCUACUACUACAACUUCAAGUAGAACGAGUACCAGUACUACAACUGAAACUACCACAAGUACCAGUACUGGCACAAGAGCUAGUCCGGUGAUCCCGAACACAUCAAUUCAGGCUAUAAUUAGUACUACGAUUAUAACAACUGUAUACACAAAUGUGCUUUCAACUGGAUCGCCUGUUCCAAGCACAAAAUCUACAGUUGACACUCCAGCUGUUACGACCACAUCAAGAUGUCACUUGAACGAUGGAGCUCACGAGGCAUACAUGAGUCUUGGUUUGCUGUUGUCGAUAGCCAACGACGACAAUACAGAAUAUUUCGAUAUGUCGGCCGCGUUCGAAAAUUUUAGAUCGACAAUAAAUGCUAAAUUGCAAGCAACUUUUUCGGCGACUUUUCUGAAGUUCAAUAUUUUAAUGAUGUCAGACGGACCGAUCGAAUUGUCAGCUGCCGGAAGAAGACGAAGAAAACGACAAUUGAAUCGAUCAACACUUGUAAUCGUGAUUGGGAAUGCAUAUUUUACUGGAAGUGUGACAAAAGCGAAUAUUUCCACAUCGCUUCAAGGCUAUACACUUAAUGUAGACGUUAAACGCAUCGAUAACAGCAGAAGUUCAAGAACCAGUUACUUCUCUGCUGAUCAUUCCAUAUUUGGUGACACAUUGCUAACAGACUUAAAUAGUGACGAAAUCGCUUAUUUGACUCCUGUUUGUUAA